CUCAGCGAGGGAAAACGGUUUUCUCUCUGCGCCAUUUUCGGCUGCGCAAAAUCAGUUCUAUUCGUUGCGCUUGGCAAAUAAGUUCAACAUUUCGAACCGCAUUUUCCCGGUAAAUUACUGUGGCAUUUGGUUAUUUUUCUUUCUAUCCAGACUGUUCUGUUCGAGAAAGUGUCAAAAAAGCAAGGUGCCUAGUGCAGGUGUUUCAGUUAGCAUCAGCAGCAGCUAGUCGAUGUGUUGAUAAGUGCAAGCAAAAGGGCGUGAAGUUCAGCAGCAUUUCUCGCAUAACAACCGAUUGGCCGUGUAGGUCGAUGGCCUAGCUAAUCGCAGCACGUUCGAGAUCAAGAUCCUGCCGUUAUCAGUUACCACUGCAUCUGAACGUAAGGCAAUCGUCUGAAUGGCAUCCGCUCAGGCCGACCAGAUGCGGCAGUUGCUCGGUGAAUCGAUUGAAUGUCAGAUCUGUUUGAAGACGGUCGAAGAUCCACGACUUUGUCCGCAAUGCUCGAAGCUAUUCUGUCACUCCUGUAUCCGCCAGUGGUUGGCAAGGGUAGAGAGCGAAAACGGUGUACCGGCCUGCCCAAACUGUGCCUGCCCGAGCCGGCUGGAUGAUUUCGUCAAAUUCCGUGCUGGAAGUGCUAUUCAAGCAAUUGUCGAAGGGUGCGCCGAGAGCUCCGAUGAUGGAACAGUGUCGGCAAGCGAUGGCGAACCAAAGCAGCAGCAGCAGCAGCAGCAAGAAGGUGCUGAUAGAAUACAUCAACGGUUGCGAAAGCUGCUGCUAGAAACCGAGGCCACAUUCAUUGAGACGGAUCAACGCAUUACCCAGGAGCUGGAAAAGCAGCGGACGCUGCUAAAACAAUCCAAGGAUAAUCUCAUCAAAACGAUCAACAUCAUGGUGCAACAGGAGCUGAAGGAGAUCCACCAGCAGUUUCACGCCAAAACGGCCGAGGUUAAUGCGUGGGCUGACAUUUUAAGCAAAGCGCUAGAUAAACACCAAUUCAACUUGCUAGCGGCCAAGCAAACGGUUGAGAAUGGAUCACGCGAAGAGCUGAUGAGCAAGCAGUUAGAUUUAGAGAAAACGUGCGCCAAGCUGUCAGAUGAUCUGAAAGCAAUCUCACCCAACGUUAAACCGCAUCGGUUCAAUAGCCAUCUGAUUCCUGAGCCCAUCAGCUGGAGAUUCUCGGUGCGGAAGUACUCCGCUAUACGCAACACAAACGACAUUCAGUAUUCUGACCUCGUGACGGACGAUAUUGGUUCCGUUUGGCGGCUAGAAGUGCACCCGAGUGGCUAUGACGAUGCGAAAAACCGAUCGCUCAGCGUAUUCCUGCAGCUGUACGAGGGAAUCGAAGGCAGCUAUCACUACUCGGUGGAGUUACUGGGCCCCACCGGCAACCAUCAUUAUGAGGACGAGUCGUACUUCGAGUUGCGCAAGGGCUGGGGACAGAAUCACUUUAUCGAUCUGAAGACGCUGCAGGAUUCCUUCCUUGUGGACGACAGCUUCGAGCUGAUCUUCUCCGUGCGUGCCCUUAAUUUGAUCGAUAAGUAUGACAAAAUGAAUAAGCGGGCCUCUCUACUGGCGUCUGAGGUCGAGCAUUUGAGGAAAGAAGCUAGACCGGACUGUUUGAAUGAGGUGCUCAGCAUUCGGAAUGUUGUGGACGCCACGAGGACCUCCUCUUGCCUGUACUCCGAAGUGUUGAAUGACGAUCUGGGUGGCUGCUGGCGGCUGCAUGUGUACCCGGGUGGUAACGACGAGUGUAAAGGCACGUUUCUUGGCAUUUUCCUCGAACUUUGCAACGGCAUACCGAACAAAUAUGAGUUCACCGUGUAUCUGUUACAUCGAACCGAUAAAAAGAUCGUCAAGAAAACGCUCGAGUUCUGCUUCCAGCCGACGCAACCCUUCGGUUGGAAAACGUUUUUAGGGCGCGAGGAUUUCAUUAACGGUGGUUACAUUCAGAAGGAUUCGAUCUCGCUUCGGCUCAGCGUGAAGCCACCGAACGCGCUCCAGAAGCUAAGCUAUCUACGUCAGUAUCAUGAGCGGGCACUAGGUAAUUCGCAGGCACACCGUUCGGAUGGUGCUACAGUUAGCGAGGCAAUGAAAGCAUCAAGCUCGCAGGAACCGUUUGAGUCCCGGCUGCGUAAAACUUCCAUCAGUUUCGUCAAGAAUCUGUUCACCAAAUCUUCUAGCCAAGAUCAGCAAUGAAGCAACUGGACGUCCGACAUCCGUGUGGAUGCUAAUAGAUCUGCUUGCCAUAAACGAAGCCGCCUGAGCAAGUUGAAUCAAGACCACGAUCAAUAAAUUUCCUUGCUUUAUCCACCACGA